CGUCAUGUUAGUUUGUCGUAUUAAUAGUCUAAAAGUUAUCGGAACAAAACUCGGACCCUAGUCAAUUGAGAUUUGUAUGCAUCUAUUGUGCUAAUUUGAUAACAGUUUGAUAACAUAAUUUCUAAUUUAAUAUAAUCACAGAUGCAAUAUGCAAUCGAUAAUAUUGUGCUAAUGUUUAUAUGAAGUGAACGCCCAUCGAAUAAUGUAAUAAAUUGUUUACAAUUUGUGUUAAAAACAAGUAGAGGUCACAAUGUCAGACCCGUACAUCAGGGUGGCGGCGGAGUCCCUCCUGAGCCACAACAGCCCCUAUAGGACACUGAGUAACUCUCAGUCGGUGAACCUGACGGCGGAGGACCUCGUUGCGCGGUACCGGCCGGGCGGCAAGAUGUCCUCCGUGCGACGGUUCUUCUGUCUCUUCGUCACAUUCGAUCUGCUGUUCACGAGUCUCAUGUGGCUGAUAUGUGUUAUGAUGCGUGGCGAAACUCUCGAACAAAUAUUCGACAAAGAGAUAAUAAAGUAUAACAUAAAGAGCUCCCUGUUCGACAUAGUGGUGGUGGCGGUUAUUCGAUUCGGGUUCUUGCUUCUGUUCUACGGCGUGCUAGCUAUAAACAACUGGAGCGUUAUUGCUCUGUCAACUAGUUGUACGUGUGCCUUCCUAAUAGCCAAAGUGUUUGUUUACGACUGGCUAAACGCCUCGCAGCCAGUGUACCAAGUGUUCCUAAUACUAACGUCGUUCACGCUCUCCUGGGGGGAGGCGUGGUUCCUGGACUUCCGGGUACUGCCGCAGGAACAAGUGCUCGACUCUAUAUUACAGCACGGUGUCUCGGAGCGGAGUCCAUUACUGGCGCCUCAGGCGGCCGGGCCCCAGUCCGCGUACGCGGAGUCCACGGUCAAGUGGUUCUCGCCGGUUGAGACUCCGGAGUCGAGUCCCAGACCUAGGAGGCCCGGCGAGCAGAUCAUCCUUACUCAAGAACAGAUAGAUGAGUACAAGGCGCAAGCAGACGAGAGCAUGGUGAACGCGUGGCGCAUCGUGAACCUGCCCAAUUGGCACGUGGAGAAGCGCGGCGUGCAGAAGGGCGACGUGGUCGAGUCGCGCCGGACCGAGCUGUUCGGGAAGGUUUAUAGGUUUACGGGUGUAGUGGAAUGCCCACCGAAGUUCUUGUACGAAGAGUUCAAGAACAACAUAACCAAACUGCCAGAAUGGAACCCCACCAUAUUGAAGAGUGAAUUAAUAAAGGAAAUAAGCGACGGCAUAGACCUGACGUACCAAGUGACGGCGGGCGGCGGGCGCGGCAUCAUCGCGCCGCGGGACUUCGUGAACCUGCGCCGCUCCGCGCAGCUCGCCAGCGACGGCCGCUUGGUGGAGCGCGACCCCGACGCGUACAUCAGCAGCGGCGUCAGCGUGCAGGUGCCCGGCUACCCGCCGCACCGCGACAUGGUCAGAGGUCACAACAAGGUGGGCUGUUGGUACCUGCAGCCGCGUAACGUGCAGACCGCGGGCGGCAAGAUCGAGACACACACCACCUUCCAGUGGCUCAUGUGCUGCGACCUCAAAGGCAAGAUACCUCAGUUCGUCCUGGACGCAGCAUUCUCCACUGUGAUGUUGGACUACAUAGUACACGUGAGGAAGUUUGUAGCAGAAGCGAAGGAGCAAGGCAGGUUCUAAAGUGCCAAACAUUGGCGGGCUCAAAAUUUUUUAUAAAACACGGGUAGUUAGGAUUCGAUUGUGAAGAUAUAUUUCUGUAGCGAUGACAGAUUUUUAUUUUAAAAUUAUUACAGGGCCGUAACCAGUAGGAAGGUUGGGGGGCAGUGCUCUGAUAAACACGUAGUGCCUUAGAUUUGAAUACCUAUUCAUAUUGUAUUAGUUUAUCGUAGUAUAUUUUAUCUUGUAUAACAAUUUAACCCUAGAUAAUCGUAACGUAUGUUUUAGAAAAAAAUAAUUAAAAGGGUUUUAUUUCACCUAAAACAACCAAUUUUGGAACUUAGAUGAGUAUAUACCUCCCUUAAGUAUUUAAUAAAUGCAGUAGCGUACGGCGAGUUUAUCACAAUUUUGAUAACGUAUUUCUUGCAAAUUUACUACAUAGAACUUAUCAGGCAUAUUUUUUCUUUUUUAAUAAUUAUGCUAUCAUUAAUAGUUAUCUAGAUAAUGUAACCAAAAUAUUUCUUAUCUGCUAUCUGAAUUGUUCCGUAAUUAAUUGAUUUAUAAGUCUAACAAAUCGUCUUUAUGUAUGAAAUGUAAUUGAAAGAACAAAGUGUAAUAAAAUUAAAAUUAUUUCCAUUUUUCUUCAUCCUCAUUUUGAUUACUCACAUCUGUCAUAGCUGCAGAAAAAUAAUUAGAAAGAAAGCAAUAUUUUGGCGUAUGAGUACAAUAAUGUAUUUGGCGUACUUUAUAUUGUAAAAUGGCAAAGGCUUGUACCAAUAUUGGGUGUAGUUAUAAAAUUCCCAUUACGGUUGCAAGCCUCCCGAAAAAAUAUGCUUUAAAAGAUAUUUUUUUAUAAAACGUUAAUUGGUAUUUAUUGUGCCCGUGGGUGGAUUUAGGAGGGAAUGUGAGAGGUUAUUUUUAGUUGCAACCUCCCUUCGUUUUGUAAGCUUUAAUCUGCUAACACACCAAUAUAAAUAUAAAUAAAUUUAUAAUAGCAUUGUGGCUGUGUUACUAAACAGUAAAUGUCAAGAAACUUAAUAACACCCCAAAAUUAACUCCUAAAUCCGGCCUUGUGAAGCUAACUUUGUAUAUAAAUGUAUCUGAAAUGUGUAAUUAGCUGUUCAUGCCGGCAUAAAAAUGGCAACUGAUAAUCUAAUCAUGCUGUCGAGAGAAUACGUUUUAAAUGUAAGUUUAAACGAAUUACGGUCGCGAUAUGAAUGUAGCGAACUAUUCAGUAAAUCAGUUAUUUCUUAAAACGUCUAGUGCGAAACAAAAAAUACGAAAAAAAAAAUACAAAACACCUGACUUGGUUUUAAGAUGUAACUUUUUUAUAAACUUGUGUAUAGCAUUUGUAUAUAAAAUAUACAUCGACAUAAUCAUAAGCAAUGUAAUGCGUACAUAUAGAUAUUUUUACUAUUGAAUGAAUUGUACUAAUAUUUAUCCCAACACAGUAGAGUAAAAAUCAUGACAGAACAUAGUGUUACUGCAAAGAAAACUGAUGAAUUAAUAAAUGAAGCCACUAGUAACUUGAAAGUAUCAAAUUUAAUGCAUUUUACUAACUUAAGUAUGUUUUAAACUAACUUUUAAAGUACUGAUACUAAAUCAAAUAAUUCUGUCUUUUUUUUUAUAAAAUGACUCACAGCUUGAGAUAGAAAAUGACCAGUGGCUCUGUUUAUUACUUUUAAAGUAUAAGUAGUUUCGUUUAAGACCUCAAAACCUUGAAAAUAAUAAGCAAUUUUAUUUAUUUUUUGAGCCUGUUUUUUGUUUUAGAUAUGAUUCCCCAGAGUGGUUAUUUUAUAAGUUGAUCGAGGAUAAUGUAUGGGUUAAUUGUAAUAGUAUUAAAACAUUUUUUCCUACAGUUAUUUUUCUUUAAGACGUAAUAUAUCCGAAACAAUAGAUUUUACAAGCGAAUGAAUGCUGUAAUUAAAUUUUAAACCAUAUCAAUACAAUUCGACGUCUUAUUGCGUCACGACUUUAAUCAGGACGUCAUAAUACGUCACCAGUCAGUAAAUAUAUUAACAACAGAAUUUACCAGUAAUCAUUGACACGUUUAGCUGUUAAUGAACAUGUAGUUAACGUUUAUACUCUAUAAAUAGCAUUGUGAUAUAAAUUACAUAAAGCGGUGGACCUGAUACCAUCCUGCACAGAUAAUACUGAAAAGUGAUGUUACCGGCAGAUUGAAAAUGGCGCUGUUGAUAAUAGCUCUCCAACCAAGGGCCUACACUGUUACGAAUUAUUUUACUAUUUAGAUUUGUAUUUUUAUUUUUAUAGUAUAAUUUAGCUAUCACUGAAAACUUAUUUUAAUUCUUCGUAGGCAAAACAAAGAAAAUCGCAAAUUAAUUCUGCGGUGUUUUAUCGGACAGUAUUAUAACACCAGUUUAUGAGCCACAACUUAUUUAUCCAUCUUCCUUGAAAAAAAUACUUGCACCACCCAUAUAACAAUACUAAAUACGCCAAUUAAAAAUGUAUCUAUGAAUUAGACCUAAUCAUCACGAAUAUAGAAUAUAUUAAAAAAAACUUGUGUCAGAUAUGCAGAAACGGAAAAUUACGUUCCCAUUUCCAUCCCAAAUAAAUAUUUCCAUGUUAUACUAACUUUGACUCAAAUCGUUAUCGAACCUGCGGUCACCGCAGCCAGCUCAGCAUGGACUAUAACACCAAAACUGUAUAUUCGAUUUUAUAAGACUUCUAUCUUAUCACAUCAUUUCCUACAUAAUUAUACAGUACAUCCUUUGACCUUUCACUUUCUGUCAUGCAUUUCUUUCGUGCCUAAUAUUAUGUUCUUGUAUUAAAUUCUGUCCGAAAUCACAAUGUGUUCUCCAAGCUUACCACACAUUAUUGCUCAGUAGAUACGAUGAGUGUCUUUGAAUUAAGUACGCAAAUAAAAUGUGUAUCGAAAUCUUAUUUUAUUUAUAAAUCUUGUCUUUUACUCUUUAAAAUAUUUUUUUAUACUUUAAUCUGAAUUUAACCUGUAAAAAUACAAUUUUAUUUUACACAUUUAUAUUUUUACUGAAAGUUUAAAUUAACGGUUUUUCACUUACAAAUUAUUAACAAUGUCUACAUUUGCACUUUGCCGGUGACAUAGAAAGAUAUAUGAAGCUAAUACUCCUUGUAGAAAAAAAUAGAUAAAAUGUAUUAGGUAGAGAUUAAAUUCAUGUCAGGCAACUUUGGGGGACGAGACCCCCCUAUAAAGUCUCCAAUUGUGAAUUUGUGAUCAACUCGGCUUCCAAAUCCGGAUCUGUACUAAUUAUAAAAUUAUGUGUUCCUAAUUUUUUAUGUAUUUGCCCGAAAGUAUCUAGAGAAAGAAAACAUAGAAACUUAUUUAUUAUUUUAACAUAAUUAUCUCACCCAAAAUGACAUAUUACAAAAAUUGUGCAUUUACAUAAUUAGUUAUUUAUAUGUACCUAAUAAUAAAAUUUUAUUAAACAA